AUGGAUACCAUCAAGCAGGCCGGCAACUUUGUCUCUGACAAGAUCAACGCUGCCACUUCGGACGCUUCCCACGAGGCCAACAAGAACAUUGCCAAGGACGGCAACCAGAACGUUGGCGACCGCCUCCAGGGCGCCGGCAACGCUGUCAAGGACAAGGUCGAUCAGAAGGGCUACGAGGCCUCGGCCGAAGCCAACAAGCAGCAGGCUACCCACUAA